AUCAUUUUCUUGAAGGCCAAUGUCACCACACGCACCUAAGAUGAUUCAAGGUAUAUAUAGGAUUCCAUAAUUCCUAUCAUCGCAGUUCUUCAGAUCGUCAGCUUCCACCAGCCACAACAUGAACGCAUUGAUUUUCACCCUUCUGUGUGCCCUUUCCUACGCCUCAGCCGCACCAUCCUGGGGACACGGAGCCAUCGUUGCGGGACCCGCUGGAAUUGUGACUGGACACGGAGCCAUUGGAGCUUGGGGUGGUCAUGGUGGCACCAUCAUUGCCGGUCCUUCAUCAGCCGGCGCCGUUGUAGCAGGACCUGGACUCGGUCUUGGAUGGGGACACGGCCUUUGGGGACAUGGACUGUGGGGCCAUGGGGUACGUGUACAGGGACCCGCCGUCGUGCCAGCCACCAUUUCUGGACCAUCCGGUACUAUUCACUCACCUGGUACUUGGGGCCAUCAUGGUCACAUUUGGUGAGCCUAAAUUGUGAGGAUAUCCAAAAGAACAUAAUGAGUAAACUUUUUACUAACACUUGGAUUCGACUGUUAAAAAUCUCUUGUUCACGGUGUUAGUAGAUUUGUUUAUGACUAAAGAAAACUAUGAUGACACUGCCUGAAAACUGAUUAACGUUUUUAUUUAUUGUAUGUAUAGCAAAAUUAUAGUGUUCAAUAAAGAAUUAAAGAAUUCUCAAA